AUGGCCGAACUCUUCGACAAGGCACCCGAGCUGCCACCACCAUUCGUAAGCGUCACAGGCAUAGCCAACUUCCGCGACAUUGGCGGCUACAGCACAUCCUCGACCCAACAGUCCAUCCGCUCCAACCUCGUCUUCCGCUGCGCCGACCCCAGCAGAGUGCAAUCCUCGGGCCUCUCCAAAUUAAAAGAGCUGGGUAUNAAAAAAGUCUUUGAUCUCCGCAGCAUACCCGAGAUUUCGAAGCAAGGGCCUGAGUGGGCUGGCGUUGCAGUUGAAAAGGAAGUAUUUGUGACCAANGGGGAAGGAGACGAGACACCUGUUGGCGCAGACCAGAUUGAGCGGAUAUGGUGUCCGGUGUUUAGGAAUACUGAUUAUGGGCCUGAACAAGUUGCCGUGCGGUUUCAGAAUUAUGCUAGGAAGGGGAGUGAGGGCUUCGUAAAAGCAUACGCAGACAUCAUGGCCAACGGGCCCACCGCCUACAAAACCAUCCUUACCCAUCUGGCCCAACCAAACCCUUCUCCCUGUAUAAUCCACUGCACGGCAGGCAAAGACCGCACGGGCGUCAUAGUAGCUCUCCUCUACCUUCUCUGCUCCGUCCCUGCCUCGACGGUAGCGAAAGAGUACUCGCUUACGGAUACUGGGUUGCAGCAUCUGGUGCCGCUGUUUACGGAGCGCUUGCUCAAGAAUCCUGCGUUGGAGGGUAAUGAGGAGGGCGUGUCGAACAUGAUUUCUGCGCAGCCUGAGAAGAUGGCUACUACGAUUGAGAUGAUUCAGAGUACUUAUGGGGGUGCGGAGGGGUAUGUGAGGGAUGUGGUUGGUCUGAGCGACGAGCAGAUUGCGCAAAUCAGGAAGAAUCUCUUGUCGGAUGAGAAGGACGUGAUCUAG